UCGGUAUUUUAUUUUGGUUAUGUAUCAUCUAUGUUGUUUAGUUUUUAUUCAAUCCCGUGUGGAGGCGAGUAAUGAAGUGAAGUGUAAUUUUCAACAACAUAUUUGCAUUUUGCAUUUUGCUUUUAAUUAUUGUGUUAUCGCCUAAUUCGAGCCGACCGGUUUUCGUUUGAAAUAAUCCCAUCCGUCGUUCACACGACGCAACAAAAAAAUAAAAAACGGCUAUGUUUUGUUCUUUUCAACAACUCACAUGAAACCGGACAAAAGACAGCAUUUAGCAAUGGGAACGAAUACUGUGUAGUCGGAAUUCGAAUGGCUUUGCUGCAAAGUCGUCGUUCGGUUUGCGAUUAAUCAUUGUCAACAAAGCUGGCUUAAAAACAAGAAUUUAAGACAAUUUUCUCGCGUCGUUGUCAAGAGUUUAGAAGAAUCUGUGUUUUGAAACGUUUUGUUUUCAAGUGCUGUGUUUAACAUUUUUACAAUUCAAUUUUGUACUUAACAAAAAAAAAAGAACAGAACUGUGUUUGGCCCGCUACGACUGACUUUUGUUAUUAUUAUUUUUUUUUUUUGUAAUCGGCGUGACAUUAUGAAUCGUAAAGUGCAAAAUUUCAAUGAUUUCGAUAUUGAAUCGAGUUUUCAAGAAGAAGACAAUGUCGUCAUCAGUAAACCCUUUAUUCCGGCCAAACCAGCCAAGACCGUUUCUCCACCGCCUCCUCGACCGUCGUAUAAGGCUCCUACGGCUUUGUCUCGAGAAGAACAAUUGUUGUCGACGAUCGUCCACUUGGACAACGGAACUACGGGUUACCUAAUAACUCUGAACAAAACGACGGGGUCAUGGACGUGCCACGCGUGUUAUCCGCUCAAAGUACAGUCGUUGUCGCUGUUGGAGGAGCAUUUGGUCAGCAAGAGUCAUUUACUGGAAAUGGGAAGAUCCUGUUUUCCCGCCAAGAAUUUCACCAAAUCGUGCUCGGAAACCGGUCUGAGCGUCGGAGUGCCAUCUAUGAUAUCCGGCGAACCCGUUCCACCCGGCAUGGAAGACGAGGUGCAAAACGUUUUGGCCAGGAUACAAGCCACGCUGGACUCGAUAUUCAUUCCGCUGAUUGGACUUGAGUUUGUGUUGGAACUUUUGCCGACGGAUCCGGCCGAAGAACCCAGGUACAUGUGCGCUCUUUGCGACAAGCGAGGCGAUCCGCGCACUUUUCCCAAUCACUUGCGCAGUUUCAACCAUCACAUGGCGUACUUGCGGAGGUACUUCAGAUCGAUAUCGAACGCGUUGGAACAACAGCUCAACAAAGUGUCUUCGAAAGGUUUCCAAGAGCUUGUGUUUCAUAUCAUUGGAAAAAUAGAAGAAGAAUAUGGCCGCAUGAAACCGGUAGUGAUCGACGCUAAUCUAUUCGAUAUCCCGACAGAGAAGAUAAAAAUGUUGAGACAAGUCAACAACGGAAAGCACAUUAUGGAAAGCCCUGAAGAUAAAUGGAUGUUGGAAAUGAUAAAACCGGAAUAUGUGGAGGAUCUGAAACUGUUACAAGAAAAAUUUCCAUUAAAGAAGAUAGUAGAAAAAAACAAACGGGAACAAGAAGAAAAACAAAAAGCCUUAAAAGCAGAAACGGUGUUCAAUAAAAAUCCUCGAAUAUCUGUCAACAAAAAUCAAUUGCGUUCCAAGAACAACAAAGAAGACAGUGAUUCGGACAUAGAAUUUGUAGACAUCAAGCAAAAUACGGAAACUCGGCCGAGACCAUAUGUGUCUAACACCAAACGGAGAUCACGAGAUCGUUCGAGAGACAGGAGACCCAGCCGGCGAUCGCCUCCCAGGAGACACCGGCAUUCCAAAAGCCCUCCGUCGGCCCGUCGCAAGUCACGAAGUCAUUCGAAAACUCCCAGCAUGGCGGCGGCACGUUCUCGUUCUCGCACGCCGCCCGAUAGACGUUCUCGCAGUAGAUCAAGAUCACGGUCGCCUUACUAUAACAAUCGUGGAAACAGAUACUCUUCUUCUAGCAGGAGACGCUAUAGAAGCCGAGAGAGAAACGAACAACCGUACAGGCGACAAAUGUCUCCGCCACAACAUCAACAUCAACAUCCCAUACAUCCUAUGAGUCCGUACCCCGGCGCUCAUCCCAGGAUGUUCUUUGCACCGUACAUGGCGUAUCCAAGGCCGCCGUACAUGGGGUACCAUCCGCCGGGGAAGCCGGGCUUUUAUCCGCCGGAAAUGUAUCCGCCGGAAUACCAACACAAGGAAAGGAGUUCAACGAGUAGGAGGAAAAAGUUGGCCAACGAGUAUGAGAAAGCUGUCGAAGAAAUGAAAGCCGACAUGGAGAAGAAAUUGUCGUACCACGAGAAGAACCCGGAAAAUCAUCCUCUGUAUCAAGACGAAUGGAAAACGUUUUGGAACAGACGUUUCAAAGAGUUGCAGAUGGAAGGGAAAGAUCCGAACACUCACGACUUCAAACCCGAAUGGAUUCUGUCGUGGAGUAAGCGCAUGCAGGAGCUGCACGACGAAGAAGUCAACGACAAAGUGGAAAAACUUAGAACCAAGAUCCUCGGCAACGUAGAUAUCAGCAAAAGCUCUUCGGAGUCGCCGCCAAGAGAGCUUUCUCCGCCGAAAGACAGAAAGAGAACCGCGGACAACAACAAGACCACUUCUUGGCCGUAUAACAGUUAUAGAGAAAGUGUAGAAAAGGAAUCGGACAAAACAAACCGAUCCAACAAUCAAGAUAAAGGUGCCGGUAACGCACCGGUUUUGCCUGGAGCAUCUCCUAUUGACUCCGACUCUGAUGGUUCGUUGGGCAACCUCAGUGGCGACAACAAGCCCAGAGAGAAAAUCAAGAUCGAGAACCCGUUGAACGUGAUUACCGUGUUGAGGCAGUUGACGGUGCUGGAAAAUCAAUUGGGCCUGUUGGCGCCAAAAAUAGUCGAUUUACUGUCUAAAGGUCUGGUCAUGGAAAAAAUAGAGCCCAGGUCUUCGAUCAACCUGUUGACUCCGGAAAAUUGUGUCAUGUUUGAGACGGUAAAAGAAAAACUCAAAGGACAACUGUUGGCGGGUGUCGUCAAGAAGAAUCUAGUUAACGCGACAAUGUUUUCUAUCCGUAAUAUCGAAAAGCUAAUGAAGCUGGCGCCCAAGUUUGUGCCUUCGGCCAGCAUGUUAUCAUCCACGCCGGCGCCGGCUCCUAUAGUGGUUCCCGGGGUCGGUGUCAUCGACAAAAUGGCCAUAGCCCAGCAAAUCACACAAGCGCUGCUGGCCCAAGGCAAGGUGGACGUCACCCAAGAAGAAUUGGAAACUCUCAUUAAUGCCGUUGUCGGUAUGGCGCAGUCCGGAAGCAACACGCAAGGGACGAAGAACCUGUUAGCCAACUUGGCGAACAGCAAAGACGAUAACGCUAUGAAAACGGCAAUAUUUGACGAGGUCAACAAGAAGAGGGAAGAAGGGGACAAAAAAAACACUUUAGACCACUUGUCACAAGGUGACAUUAUUAAUUUACUGAAGAAUUUCAAAGACCUAACGUCCGACGAACAAGACGGGCUGAUUACCUAUUUAAGAGACUUGGGUAAGACCAAUCCCGAAGAAGUGAAAAAACUCAGGAAGUAUAUCGACAUAGGAUCGACAAACUUCAAAGAGGUAUCGUCGAUAUUCAAAGACGACGACGACGACGACAACUACGAGUUGUCCGAAGUGUGUAAGGCUGUGCAGGAGAAAGUAGGCAACGAACAAAACGAUCAGACGAUGAGCAGCAUGGCUGCAAAUUUUGAAAUCACCGAAGAACAAAAAAUGUUACUGAACAGUAUCCAAAACUUUUUACCGAAACCAGAAGUGAUAAAACCUGAUUAUAUGUUGCAGCCGUCGACUCAACAAAUACCGAGCACUUUGGCCCCGUCCGAAUCGCCAUACUAUAACAAUUCCUACGGUUAUCCGUCCGCCGACCCGUAUUCAGCCAAAAAACCCGAAAUCGAUAUGUUCAGUGACGAGCCUUCCACAUCGUCGUCGUCGGUUGCCCGUUCUGCGACCCAGGAGCAGCCCGACCAGUAUAGUGCACCUGUGCCGGAACAACCGGCCAACAAUCCGUUUGCCGUAGUGUCGCCGCUGGAAAACCCGAAUCAGUAUAAUAUUGCACCGCCGUCGGACCAAGUACAACCCGAUCCGUAUUCGGCCAACCAAGCCGAUAUGUACAACGACCCAUACUCGCACAACCGUGGUGGUAGUAAUAAUAAUUAUUUCCAAGGACAGCAUCAGCAAAAUAUGCCCGUUUACAAUAAAUACCAACGUCAGAACUCGGCGGCACCUUAUCCGUCGUCGUCUUCGGGGGGAUAUUUUAAAGGUGCCGACAACUAUCAAGGUACCGACAACUAUCAAGUUAACGACAACUAUCAAGUUAACGACAGCUAUAAAGGUAACGACAACUAUCAAGGUAACGACAGCUACAAAAGUAACGACAACUAUAAAGGCAACGAUAGCUAUCAAGGGAGCAAUAAUUCUUAUUCUGACAAUUAUCAGGGAUCUAAUAAAACCGACAGAAACAAGAGGUAUGGCCGGUCGCAAAACAAUCGUUAUCAAAACAGGCGGUGAGUAGAAUGCACAUUUUUAAAAUUUUUUGUGCACCACAAUAUGACAUUGUCUAUUUGCCGCACGCCAUGUGUAUGCGACUGUCUGAUUAUAAAAUACAACCAAACAUAUAAAUAUUUAUAUAUUAUGUAUAGUACAGUAUACAUUAAAAAUAUAACUUAUUUGUGUAAUUAGACAAUUUUUUUUAAUUAUAAAUAAACUAUAAUCUGGAAU